AUGACCAUCUCCGACGCCUUGAACCACGAGACCUGCAACCGCCUCUCCGUCGACGUCUCCGCCAUCGUCGUCUCCGUCGAGUUCCGGAUCGCGCCGAAGAGCCGCCUCCCAUCGCAGUACGACGACGCGAUGGACGCCGUCCUGUGGGUGAAGAGCCAGGCCGCCGACCGCGGCGACAAGUGGAUCCGCGACCACGGCGACCUAGAUCGGUGCUACCUGUACGGCGUGAGCUGCGGCGCCAACAUCGUGUUCAACACCGCGCUCCGGAUGAUGGAGAUGAAGCCGCCGCCGAUGAGAGUCGCCGGAGUCGUCCUGAACCAGCCGUUCUUCGGAGGGAAGAAGCGGACGAAGAGCGAGCUUUCUCCUGUUGAGAUUUCUCGCUAA